AUGGACUCGCGGGUGUCCGAGCUGUUUGGGGGGUGCUGCCGGCCCGUGGGGGGAGGGAACGGGGGUGCCCUGCGAGGCCGCGGCGGCGGCGGCGGCGGUUCUUCCAAGGGGAGGAAGAAGAACGGGAGAUACCGAGGUGGCAAGGCCAACAACCCCCCCUACCUUCCUCCGGAGGCAGAAGAUGGGAACAUAGAAUACAAGCUGAAGUUAGUUAAUCCAUCUCAAUACCGCUUUGAACAUCUAGUAACGCAAAUGAAGUGGCGACUACAAGAAGGCCGUGGUGAGGCUGUGUACCAGAUUGGUGUCGAGGACAACGGGCUGCUUGUUGGACUGUCUGAAGAAGAAAUGCACGCCUCUCUUAAAACGCUACGGCGGAUGGCCGAGAAAGUGGGAGCUGACAUCACUGUGCUUCGAGAACGAGAAGUGGAUUAUGACAGUGACAUUCCCAGGAAGAUAACAGAGGUUCUUGUCCGAAAGGUCCCAGAUAACCAACAGUUUCUAGAUCUGCGGGUGGCUGUGCUCGGAAAUGUGGAUUCAGGCAAAUCAACUUUAUUAGGUGUCUUGACACAAGGGGAACUGGAUAAUGGCCGAGGCCGAGCGCGUCUCAAUCUCUUCCGGCACUUGCAUGAGAUCCAGUCAGGAAGAACAUCUAGCAUUAGCUUUGAAAUUCUUGGUUUCAACAGUAAGGGAGAGGUGGUGAACUAUAGUGAUUCACGGACAGCUGAAGAAAUCUGUGAGAGCUCUUCCAAAAUGAUUACCUUCAUUGACUUAGCUGGCCAUCACAAAUAUUUAAAAACCACCAUUUUUGGGCUUACAAGCUAUUGUCCAGAUUUCGCAAUGCUGGUGGUGAGUGCCAAUACUGGAAUUGCUGGUACAACACGGGAGCAUCUAGGCUUGGCGAUGGCCCUUAAGGUGCCUUUCUUCAUUGUCAUUAGCAAAGUGGACUUGUGCUCAAAGGCCACUGUGGAGCGAACAGUGAAACAACUGGAGCGGAUUCUGAAGCAGCCUGGCUGCAACAAACUUCCAUUGCUAGUAACGUCUGAUGAUGAUGCAGUUACAGCAGCGCAGCAGUUUGCACAAUCUCCCAAUAUCACUCCCAUCUUCACCUUGUCCAGUGUUUCUGGAGAGAACCUGGAUCUCCUGAGAGUAUUUCUCAAUAUCCUUCCUCCUCUGACAAACAGCAAAGAACAGGAAGAGCUGAUGCAACAGCUCACUGAAUUCCAGGUGGAUGAAAUUUACACUGUGCCAGAUGUAGGCACAGUUGUUGGAGGAACACUGUCAAGUGGGAUAUGCAAAGAAGGAGAGAAUUUGGUUGUUGGUCCAACAGAUGAUGGCAAGUUCCUUCAUCUGAAAGUAUGCAGUAUUCAACGAAAUCGUUCAGCAUGUCGCGUUCUUCGAGCUGGGCAGGCUGCUACCCUAGCUCUUGGACUCUUUGAUCGCUCACUGCUGCGCAAAGGCAUGGUGAUGGUCAGCCCAGAGAUGAACCCAACUAUUUGUUCAGUAUUUGAAGCCGAAAUUGUUCUACUGUUCCAUGCCACAACUUUCCGGAAAGGAUUCCAAGUAACAGCACAUGUUGGAAAUGUACGGCAAACAGCAAUUGUGGAAAAAAUCCACGGGAAGGACAAAUUGCGAACAGGAGAAAAGGCAGUGGUUCGUUUCAGAUUCAUUAAGCAUCCUGAAUAUUUGAAGAUAGGAGCCAAACUAUUGUUUCGUGAAGGAGUUACCAAAGGUAUUGGACAUGUCACAUCCAUCCAGGCUAUCACCACUGGAGAAAGUGGCCUGGAACACAAUCUGUGUCCUGAUCCAGUCAGCUUCUGACUCGCACCAGCAUUUCUCAGUGCUCCAAAUAAGGGAAAGAUUUCGUGCCAAUGUGCAGAGCCAUUGUUGGCUAAUCAAUUUACAUAGGCACAUCUUCUCUGCACUACAGAAGCCAGAGUGACCUCUUGGACUGAGUGCCCUUCCUGGAGCAAGUUAAGCUUGUUGUUUGUGCAUCACCUGCUACUUCCAUAUUCCUGCUUUUCCUGGAAUAGACAAGCAAACAGCUGCAUUUUUGACUAGGUUGGAACUCCUGCUUUUGUUGACCGUUGUGGGGAAGUUAUUUCCAGAGAGAGGCAAAUCCAUAGUCUGUUGGACUGUAAUUUUGGGAUGCUGCCGCCUGGGAGACAACAAUGAUGGACUCGUUUGUAUUCAGAAGGGUAUUAGUGUCGUCCUAGUGCCUGGUUUUGCAGGCUUUCUAUGGCAGAUGGAUUAUUAUUAUUAGGAACUAGAGCCCACAGUACGGUUCAGGAUGUUUCUAAUUAUUUUAAAUUAUUGUUGGUUUCACAUUAAUCCAGUAAUGAAUAGCCUCUCUUCUCCCUCCACCUUUGUGUGCAAAUCUUUACCAGCCUAAAAAA